AGAGAGGGAGAGCGCAGGGAGCGCGCGGCACGGGUCACUCUACCGGAGGAGCGCACCACAGACGGAGGUACCGCUUAACUCUCAUAGACGUACAGCUGUGCGUGUGUCCUGCUGGACUCGCUGUUUAUCCUUCAGUAGGGUCGGAUCUAGCAGUCAUCACCAUCCCAACGCUGGAGACCUGCGGAGACGUUUGGAUAUACUGCGGCAUAUGAGCGUGGGAAUGUGGGUAAUAAAGUUCGCGUUGAUUUGGACCUGCUGGUUCGGAGUACGCGCCGAUUUCGAUAGCAGGUGGCCCAGGCAGAUGGCCUCAUCCAACGGGCUGUGCCGAUACGGCGGCCGCAUCGACUGCUGCUGGGGUUGGACACGCGUCUCCUGGGGCCAGUGCCAGCCUCUCUACGUCUUAACCCGCAGAGUAAUCGGGAUAAGGUGCCAACCCCAAGCGGGUUGUCAGCACGGAUGUAAACAUGGAGAAUGUGUGGGAACCAACAAGUGCAAGUGUCAUCCAGGUUAUACAGGAAAAACAUGUAACCAAGAAGAGCAGGGCUAUAUUAGCCCCCCAAUAUGGCACCCUCCUGUUUUUGUUCCAAUGGACCACCAGCCGCUGGCGGUGCCCUCAGAGGAUCUGAACGAGUGUGGCCUGAAGCCCCGGCCCUGCAAACACAGGUGCAUGAACACGUACGGCAGCUACAAAUGCUACUGCCUCAACGGAUACAUGCUGCUAGCCGACGGGAGCUGUGGAAAUGCCCGGACAUGCGGCAUGGCAAACUGCCAGUACGGCUGUGAAGUAAUGAAAGGAGAGGUUCGCUGCCAAUGCCCUUCUCCAGGUCUACAGCUGGCUCCAGAUGGCAGGACCUGCGUAGAUGUGGAUGAGUGCGCCACAGGUCACACUGUUUGUCCUCGCUUCCGGAAGUGCAUCAAUACCUUUGGAAGUUACAUUUGCAAGUGCCACGACGGCUUUGACCUGCAGUACAUCAACGGGAAAUAUCAGUGCAUAGAUGUGAAUGAAUGCUCUUCAGGUCAACAUCAGUGUAGUCCGUAUGCCACCUGCUACAACACACCCGGUUCUUACAAGUGCAAGUGUAAAGAUGACUACAGAGGCAUGGGCUUCGACUGCAAACCCAUCCCAAAAGUGGUCAUCGACCCUCCACGACCAGGAAAGACCACACCAAGCAAUAACAACAACAAGGGUGGCAACAAAAUCCCAGAUUCAGACCACAAGAGGCCCACCACAACAAGCAGACCACCAGUGACGGCCAAACGGAUCUCACCUACUACAACAACCACCAGAACUCUCCCAACUAAAAAAAUCCCUACAGCCAUUACACACAGACCCCUCAUUCCAACCCGCAGACCACCAGUGCUGGUGACCCCUAAACCAAAGAUUCCUACCCGUCUGCCUCCCACCACAACCACCACGAAAGCCCCGGUAGUCACAGCAGUGGUUCCUAUCAUGCCGACACGCAGACCCACCAUACCGCCGGUCACCCCAGUCGACAACAACAUCAAAGACAUCACGCAGAAACAAAGAGGUGAUGUGCACAUACCACGAAAUCACGGGCAGAACAACGUGUUCGGUAUCGAUUUAGACAUUGAACUUGGAAACACAGAAGAAGAGGCAAAGGACGAUCCAGACAGUGGAUAUCUUAGCUGCUCUUUUGAUCACGGACUCUGUGGAUGGAUCCAGCGCAGAGAGGGAGACCUUCACUGGGAGACGACAGAAGACUCGUCUGGUGGGCGGUACCUGACGAUCUCUGAGGGUGGGGAGAAACGGGGUGGGCGUGGCGCUCAGCUGAUACUCCCAAUGACUCCACCCUGGAACGAGGGUAACCUGUGCCUGGCGUUCCGUCAUAAGAUGGCAGGCCAUCACGUAGGCAUGCUGCAGGUGUUCGUACAGAAGGGCCGACAGCACAGUCCCGCAGUCUGGGGUCGAACGGGAGGAAACGGCUGGAGGUCCACACAGAUCACCAUUUGGGGAAAUGGACUAGAAAGUAUUAUAGUAAAGGGUGAACGACGGAGGGGUCGUACUGGUGAAAUUACUCUGGAUGACAUGAGUCUCAGAAAAGGUUCCUGUCAGGAAGAACACAACCUGAGGAGACUUUAACCCCAGUAACAGAGACGUUUAACCCUGGCUUUACUGUACUUUACGGGACUCUAGGAUAAGGGACACCCCACGGAGCGGGACAUACCGUUCUAUCGGUCCCGGCACGGUCAUGGGGGCACUUCCUCUGACCUUCAUGGGUUCCUUCAGAGUGCAUGUUCCAACAAAGUUGUUCUGUGCGUUCAGGUUAAACACAUAACCUAAUGUCAAUUCAUAGGCUAACGUGAAAGGCUAAUACACCAUGGGUUCCUUCAGGAGCCUCGGAUGGGUUUUAUUUAUGAGUAAAAUAAGAUCUGAACUUAACAUUACCUGAAGAUAGUGAGCCCGUAACAGCCCUCAAAACUGUACAGUUAGGCUUAAAUUUGUUAGCUAAGUGACCUGCGUGGCGAAUUUUCUUUUGGUUCAUUAUUGUAAAUGUAUUCAUAAAUGUGUAUAUAUAAAUAUAUUUCAAAUAUGCUUUGUAGGUGCAUUAAUAUGUGUAUUGAUCGUGUUGUUUACACAACCUGACUUUGAAUAUUUUGUUCACGUAUAUUGUUAAAUACAAACCAGUAAACUGAAUUUCUUAAUGGCUGUAUCAGCCAUUCUGUAUUAUUAGCCUAUCACACUCAUGGUUACCCUUUAAAGAAUGAAUGUUAGGAAAGUUUUUGGUUAAAGGGGUCAUAUUGCGCGAAUAUGUGUUUUUCGGUGUCUUUGGUGUAUUAUAAGUUGCCCAUGCAUGUAUUAGACACGUAAAAUUGCACAAAUUUAAGUGUCGGAACAAAAGAUGCAUUCUAUGUAAAAGCAAAUGCUCACCCAGACCUGCCUGAAACACCUCGUGUAACCACACCCCCACAAAUCUACAUCAGUUCGUGGUAUGAUUUGACUAAGACCGCCCAAAUGUAUACGCAAGUAAGGUGGGCGUACCUGUCAGUACAAUUGCUCUGGCACCUGAUGUUCCAAAUAUGGUAAGAGGUGUUACAUUUCCACGCUUGCAGGAUUCGACCAAUCACUACGCACCGGUUAACUGGCCAAUCAUAGCACACCUCGCUUUUCAGAGCGAUGAGCUUUGUAAGAAAUCUGCACGUUUCAGAGAGGCGGGGCAAAGAGGAGAUACAAACAUGCACGGUAUGUGGAAAAUAAAGCGCUUUUGAACCUUAAGUCUAAAACAAACGAUCAUUUUCGUUUUAGCCGUGUCAUAUGACCCCUUUAAACAUAAAUGAAAUGACUCAAGAUUAAAUGAUGUGAACAUAAAAUGUGUUUCCCGUUUACGCAGUGUAUGGUAAUUAAUUAGAAAUUUACCACUUGGAAGUUCCAGACUGACUUGCAGGAAAGGUUAAAUACAUGUAAAUAAUGUACUUUACAAUAGAAAGUAAAGGGUACUUGAUAAUAAAGUCGUAUAGUAAAAAGAUCUAAGUUUCUAUUUUUAUGUCCUCAAAGCAAUUCAGGUAACACAAAUACAAUGCACAAAUCAAUUUUAUAGAAGGUUUUAUUUAAAGCAUGCGCCUGGCCCGAAGUUAACUUCCGGUCUGUUUGUUGAUUGGCUAAUAAUAUUACUAUUUCUAUUUAAUUUAUAUUCAACUUAAUUUGUAUUAAUAUUUUAUUGUAUAAAAUUGUAUUAAAUAAACAAUUUGUUGAAUUUUAUUGUGUUGAUUUUAUUAAAUAAACAAUUUGUUGA